UCAGUGCAGCGGGAUACGGGUGGAUGCUUAAGUUUCUGCAACAUUAUUGUUUGACAUAGAUCACCUUUUGGACAAAGUGUUGUGCGUGAAUGCAAAACUCUGGAGCAUGGAGCAGAGGAGUAAAGCUCAUGUAGCGGUGAUAGGAGGCGGGCCAGCGGGCCUUUGUGCUGCUCGACAUAUCCUGUCUAGGCCCGAGGCCUUUGAUACACCCGUGGUGUAUGAAAUGACCGAUCAUUUGGGUGGGACGUGGUUAUAUGAGGAACGAAUGGGUACAUAUGACAAUGGAUAUCCCAUCCACAGCAGUAUGUAUAGAGAUCUCAGAACCAAUUUGCCUAAGGAGAUUAUGAUGUUCCCUGAUUUUCCCUUUGAUGACCACCUUCCUUCUUUUUUGCACCAUACGUCAGUUCAGCAGUAUUUGGAAAAAUACUGUGAGAGACAUGACAUUGCUCGUCAUAUCAAGUUCAACACCGUGGUGGAAAAGGUGAAGCCCAUCUCCAUGGAGACGGAGACGGGGGGAGCUGUGACGUGGGAGGUAAUUUCACGCAGCACAUGUGGAGACCAGAACAAGAAGACAUUCGACUCGGUGUUUGUCUGUAACGGGCAUUACUCCGACCCCCACCUGCCCUACAUUCCUGGAAUAGAGCAUUUUAAAGGGAAAGUCUUACACAGCCACUGGUACCGCUAUCCAGAGCCCUUCGCCAACAAGUCCGUUGUGGUGUUGGGGGCCAGAGCAUCCGGUGUGGAUAUUUCCAUUGAGAUAGCCCAAGUUAAUGCUCAGGUGAUUCUAAGUCAUUGCACACCACCCAUGUCCUUACCUCCACAUCUGGGUAUCCAGCAGGCUAGUGCUGUCAUUGGGGUUUCAGAGGAUGGAUCUUUACAGUUCCAGGACGGAUCAGUGACCCAGGCUGAUAUUCUUCUGUUCUGUACAGGAUACAAACUUAACUUCCAUUUCCUUUGUCCAUCAGACCUAGGACUGGAUGUACAGGAUUUUUUUGUGACUCCACUGUACAAGUACUUGCUGCCCCCUGGUUUCCCUUCAAUUUUCUUUAUAGGCAUUUGCAAACUUAUUUGCCCUUUCAUACAUUUUGACUGUCAGGUUAAGUUCGCUCUUGCUGUCCUGGAGGGCUCAGUCGAGCUGCCCACCCAGGAAGAGAUGGAGAAGGAGGUGCAGAGAGAGAUGCAACGAAAACAAGACACAGGUGUGCAGGUGAAGCACCUGCUCAAUUUGGACAAAGAUCAGUGGGAUUAUUACAAGGAUCUGGCCAAGGUGGGCCGAUUCACACCUCCUCAGCCAGUAUUUCAGAGUCUCUAUGAAGAGGUGCGCAGACAGAGGCAGAAAGACCCACAGAAAUACAGACAGAUCAACUAUAAGCUCAUUGAUGCCACACAGUGGGAGAUUUUGGAAGCUCCACCAGAACAGACUGGUGUUACAGUCCAGAACAGAGUUUAGCAACAGUCUUGAGGCUAAAUGAAUGAUAUUUACACUGUUUUGAUUUAUUUUUCUAGGGACAAAAAUCUGUAGAAAUGUGGAAGAAAGAAAAUAAAAACUCUUACAACUCUUACAAAAAUUA